AUAUUCCAUCUUUCCCCAGAUCGACUGCAUUUUACUAUUUCAAAAACAGAUUUUAAUACAGGCGUUCAAGUUUGGGCACAGCUUGGAACAGAAACUCUUUUUGAAGAUUACAAAAUCGAGAGUGUGAGUGACAAUCAUAUUUGGCUGGAAGUAAAAGGCGAUCAUCUUCUUCGUGCUCUCAAGUCUGGGCAAAAGUCUGUUCAGAUGAUCAUGCGGCUUAGUAAAAAACAAGGUCUUCCUGUACUCUCAUUUACCAUCACCAACCAGAGUCGCAUCGGUAAGCUUAUCAUUUUGGUUCAAGAUGUGCCUGUGAGGGUCAUAUCCCCUGACAAAACACACGAGUUUCGCGAACCAGCCACGCCUGAUUUUGAUGUGCAUAUUCUUAUGCCACCAAUUUUGAGUGUUCGUAACAUUGCUGAACGUAUGAAAGCGGUCGGACAGCGUCUUGUUAUCUCUGCCAAUAUGAGCGGUCAAUUAACAAUGGGAGUAUCGAACGAUAUUGUCAAAAUACAAACGUUUUUUAAAGAUCUGAUUAAUCCAAUACUGGUGCAGGUCGAUGUCUUGACCUGUGCAAGCACAAAUAGAAACAAGGCCGAGUUUGCAGAAGUUGAAGUGGAUAUUCGAGAUUUUAUCAAAUUUGUACAAUGCUAUCAGCUGCAUCCUUCCAAGAUACUUUGCUGUAUCAAUGAGCAAUCGUGUCUUAUUUUCUAUGUAGUAAUGGGUGAUGACGAUGAGAGUGAUACAUUGGACGAUCGAAGUGGAUCACUGACAUAUCGGAUUCCACUUCGCACAAAAUAA